AUGUCUCGUCUGGUGCUGAACUCCAACAACCUGUUCCUCCUGCCGGUCAGCGACCGCACGAUCCGGGUGCUCGACCCGGAGUGGGAGCUCAACACCCAGACCAUAACCAACGACAUGGUGAACUGGAAGCACGCGGGUCGGGUCGGUAACAACUCCGCGUCGACCCACCGCGAGCUCCAAGUGUUCGGUACGGUCAUCGGCGGGUCGAAGCUGGAGGAGCUCUCCACGGAGCUCAUCAACCUCCAGGCGGUGACCAACAGGGAAGGCUGCACGGUCAUGUACUUCAACGUCGGCGCCGGCGACAUGUACCUCCGGGAAGGGAGGAGCCAGGUGCGCCGCCUCAACGACCUCUUCGACUGGUCCAAGUACGGGGUCAACGUCCCCGCCCCGGUCGAGACCGUGUGGGACCGGUUCCAGCAGGUGGCGAGCGGGAAGCUGAUGGUGGACAACAAAGGGGCGGCGCAGAAGCAGAAGGAGUUGGAGGAGAAGGAGGAGGAGAGCGAGAGGGUUCGGGCCGAGCAGGACAAGCAGAUCGAUGAGCUGAAGAAGCAGGCCAAGGAGAAAGACGAUCAGCUUGCUGCCAGAGAUAAGCAGGUCGCCAGCCUCAAGAAUGCUCUCCAAGCUUUGCUCUAA